AAUUACAGAAACCCUAACUAUUUAAGCUUAAAACAAGCUCCAUGGUUAUUUUUGAUUACCUAGCCAUCCAUAGUCAAAGCAAUCCCUGUAAGAAAAAACACCAAUAAUUCUGAAAAAUGGAACUUUCCCUCCAUUUUGAAAAUUAACUCUUUUUCACAAACACCCAACAAAAAAUGGCGGCAAUUUGAAAAAUUAGGGAAAGCGUUACUUCACUUCACUACAUAUACACAUCAUUUCUCACUCAGUAAUUCUAUCCAAAUUAUCCGAAGAUUCGAAGAAUCAACAAAUCCAAUCUUCUGUGACCUAGCAAUCGUCACCCCCGCCGCCGCACACCAGCAUUCCUUGGUGGGUCUUUAGCCUGCCGUCGCCGCCGUCACCGUACACUUAUCAUUGUUCCAUUUGCUGGGGUUGUUGUUUAUGAUAAGGAAUGGGGGCGAAAGAGACUGCAAGUACUGGAGAUGUGGCUUUUGAUAAUUCUAAAGAAAAUGAGCCUAGUAUUAAAACCUCAAAAGGAAAACAGAAAAAAAGAGAUAGAAAUGAGACCAAUGCAUUGGCUUCUCGGAGAAUGCCAAAGCGUGCUGCAGCAUGUUCAAACUUUAAGGAAAAAAAUCUUUGUCUAUCUGAGAAAGAUCACCUCGUGGAUACAAAAAGGGUGCCCAUUGUUGAAAAUGAAAUUGCUGCUGUUGGCUUGACCACUGGCCAUGAUGAUCCUAGACCCAAUCGUCGUCUCAUAGACUUCAUUUUUCAUGAUGAGGAUGGGAAAGCACAACCAGUGGAGAUUCUUGAAGUUACAGACUUGUUUAUUACUGGUGUAAUCUUGCCACUAGAGCCUAGUGGUGACCCUAGUAAAGACAAGGGAGUAAAAUGUGAAGGCUUUGGUCGAAUUGAAACAUGGGAUAUCUCUGGCUAUGAAGAUGGUGAACCAACCAUCUGGAUAUCCACAGAGUUAGGUGAUUAUGAUUGUGGAAAGCCAGCUGCCUCCUACAAGAAAAUAUAUGGACUCUUUUAUGAGAAGGCACGUGCAUGCAUUGAAGUCUACAAGAAACUGUCCAAGUCUCUAGGGGGUAACCCAGAUAUAGCACUCGAUGAAUUGAUUGCUUCUCUAGUUCGCUCAAUGAGUGGCAGUAAAAAUUUUCCCCCAGGUGCUUCCAUCAAAGAAUUCAUUAUUUCACGGGGUGAGUUCAUUUACAACCAGCUAAUUGGAUUAGACAUUACAUCCAACAGGAAAGAUCAGAAUUUAUCUGAUCUACCUGUGCUUCUCACCCUUCGUGAUGAGUGUAAAAAGAAUAUGGCAUAUGCACAAGAAACCGCGAUUCCUGUAAACCUGUCUUCUGGUGGGAGUUUGAAGAUCGGGGAUGUAGAGAAGAAAAAUGAGUCUGAAAAGCCUGAUUCUGAAGAGGACGAGGAUGCAAAAUUGGCCAGAUUGUUACAGGAAGAAGAGGAAUGGAAGUCUAUGAAUCAAAGGAAGGGAAGGCGCCAAACUGGUCCAAACAAGUACUAUAUCAAGAUUAAUGAAGAUGAGAUUGCAAUUGACUAUCCUCCCCCUGCUUACUACAAACCUAACAAUGAAGAGACUGAUGAGUACAUCAUCUUUGACAAUGACAUGGAUGUCACUGAUCCAGAUCAGCUACCGAGAAGCAUGCUUCAUAACUGGUCACUUUAUAACUCCGACUCAAGAUUAGUUUCUUUGGAACUUCUUCCAAUGAAGCCAUGUGACGAUAUUGAUGUUACCAUAUUUGGGUCAGGGAUCGUCACAGAUGAUGAUGGGAGUGGUUUUUGUCUUGAUGCUGACGAUCAAUCUUCAUCUGCUUCUUCUGAGGCUCAGGAUGUGGGUGGAAUUCCUAUCUAUUUGAGCUCGAUAAAGGAAUGGAUGAUCGAGAUUGGAGCUUCCAUGGUCUUCAUAUCUAUCAGAACAGAUAUGGCCUGGUAUAGGCUUGGAAAGCCAUCACCGCUGUAUGCUCCAUGGUAUGAAACAGUUAUGAAAACAGCAAGGCUUACUGUUAGCAUCAUUACUCUGUUAAAGGAGCAGAGUCGUGUGGCACGUCUAUCCUUUGCUGAAAUUAUCAAAAGAGUGGCAGAAUUUGGAAAGGACCACCCUGCCUUUAUAUCAUCUAAUCCAGGCAUGGUAGAAAGGUAUGUGGUGGUCCAUGGCCAGAUAUUACUGCAACAGUUUGUAGAGUAUCCUGAUAAUUCCAUCCGGAACUGUCCUUUUGUAACUGGACUUUAUGAUAAAAUGGUUACAAGGCAUCACACAAAAUGGAUUGUGAAGAAAAAGGCUGUGACCAGGAGAGGUGCAAACUUGAAUCCUGUGGCUAAAAUGGUUCCUGUUGCAAAAAGGAAAUUAAUGCCAGCCACAACCACUAGAUUGAUCAACAGAAUAUGGGGACAAUUCUAUUCAAAUUAUUCACCGGAAGAGUCCAAGGAAGAAGUUGUUGAACUGAAAGAGGAAGAAGUUCUGGAGGAGGAAGAAGAAUCGGAAGAAAUUGUUGAGGAGGACCAAGAAGAGAGUGUCUCUGUUGAGAAACCUGACAAAACACAUAAAGCAAGUGGGAAUAGAAAGCUCAAUUGUUCAUCUCAGGACAUUAAGUGGGAAGGAGAGCCACUUCUGAAAACCAGUGCCAGGGAGACCUUCUACAAACAGGCUAAGGUGUUUGGAGAUUUAGUUGUUGUUGGGGGUUGUGUCCUUAUUGAAGCAGAUGAAUCAGUAGAGCUGCCUCCUAUGUAUUUUGUUGAAUAUAUGUUUGAGAAAUCAGGUGGCAAGAAAAUGGUCCAUGGACGACUGAUGCUGAGAGGAUCUCAAACAGUUCUUGGGAUUGCUGCUAAUGAGAGAGAGGUGUUCUUGACUGAUAACUGCUUAGACUUUGAGCUGGGGGAUGUUAAACAAAGUGUGCAGAUUGAGUUUCGCCAUGUGCCAUGGGGAUAUCAACACCGGAAGGAUAAUGCUGUAAAUGGCAAGAUUGACCAGACAAAUGCAGAGGAGAGAAAGUGCAAAGGAUUGCCAUUGGAAUAUUACUGCAAAAGCUAUUAUCAGCCGGAUAAAGGUGCAUUUAUUUGUCUUCCAAAAGACACAAUGGGAAGUGGAACUGGUGUCUGCUUUGCUUGCAAAACUAAAGAGGCUGAGAAGGAGCAGAAAUCCCUUAAGGUUAAUUCGUCUAAAACUUGCUUUGUUUACGAAGGAGCUGAGUACAAUGUUGAGGACUUUUUCUACGUAGCCCCACAAUAUUUUGCUGAAGAUGAGAAAGACAGCGAAACAUUUAAGAGUAGCAGGAAUGUGGGCUUGAAACCCUAUGUGAUUUGUCAGCUCUUAGAGAUUGUGAUGCCUAAGGCUUCUCGAAAAGUUGAUCCUGAGUCCGUAAAAAUUAAAGUCAGGAGAUAUUUCAGACCUGAAGACAUUUCAGCAGAGAAAGCCUAUCGCUCUGACAUUCGUGAGGUUUACUUCAGUGAGCAAAUACAAUCGUUGGCAGUAGCUGCUGUCCAUGGGAAGUGUCAAGUCAGAAGAAAGAAUGAUCUGUCAUCAGUUAACUACCCUGCUGUUUACGAGCAUGUCUUCUUCUGCGAACAUCUUUAUGAUCCUGUUAGCGGAGCUAUUAAACAGCUGCCUAGUAAUGUCAGGCUUAACUCAAUGGUUGAUGAAUCCAUGUCAAGAAGGAAGAAGGGAAAGGCUAUAGAAACUGAGGAUGAUGAACCUGUCAAACAAAAAGAUGAAUCUUCAAAGAAGCGGUUGGCCACUCUUGAUAUCUUUGCUGGUUGUGGUGGUCUGUCUGAAGGUUUAGAGAAAUCAGGUGUAUCACAAACCAAAUGGGCUAUUGAGUAUGAAGAGCCUGCUGGUGAAGCAUUUAAGCUCAAUCAUCCAGAGGCUUCUGUGUUUAUAAACAAUUGCAAUGUGAUCCUUAGUGCAAUCAUGUCAGCUUGUGGGGAUGAAGCUGAUUGUUUAACGACUCCUGAAGCAUCAGAGGAGGCAAAGAAGCUUGAUGAGAAGGAAAUAAAUGCUUUACCUAGACCUGGGCAAGUAGAUUUUAUAAAUGGAGGGCCACCAUGUCAGGGGUUUUCUGGAAUGAAUAGGUUUAACAAAAGUGCCUGGAGUAAGGUUCAAUGUGAAAUGAUCCUAGCUUUCCUAUCGUUUGCUGAUUAUUUCCGUCCUAAAUAUUUUCUUUUGGAGAAUGUGAGGAAUUUUGUGUCAUUCAACAAAGGCCAGACAUUUCGUUUGACCCUGGCUUCUCUUCUUGAGAUGGGCUACCAGGUAAGAUUUGGUAUUCUGGAAGCUGGAGCUUGUGGUGUUUCCCAAUCUCGUAAACGUGCAUUUAUCUGGGCUGCAUCUCCUGAGGAGACACUGCCUGAUUGGCCUGAGCCAAUGCAUGUUUUUGCUGGUCCAGAGCUCAAGGUCACCCUAGAUAGCAAUACCCAGUAUGCUGCAGUGCGGAGUACAGCAACUGGUGCCCCCUUUCGUUCGAUUACUGUUAGAGACAGUAUUGGAGAUCUCCCUGCUGUAGAAAAUGGGGCUUCUCUAGCAACUAUGGAGUAUAAAAAUGAGCCUAUAUCUUGGUUUCAAAAGAUGAUCCGAGGUGAUAUGGGGGCUUUAACUGAUCAUAUAUCAAAAGAAAUGAACGAGUUAAACGUAAUUCGCUGCCAAAGAAUUCCCAAACGUCCUGGUGCUGACUGGCGAGAACUGCCAGAUGAGAAGGUCAAGCUGUCUACUGGACAGAUGGUUGAUUUAGUUCCUUGGUGCCUGCCAAACACUGCAGAAAGGCACAACCAGUGGAAGGGUCUAUUUGGAAGAUUGGAUUGGGAAGGAAACUUUCCGACUUCUAUUACUGAUCCACAGCCUAUGGGCAAGGUUGGGAUGUGCUUUCAUCCUGAUCAAGAUAGAAUAGUCACAGUUCGUGAAUGUGCUCGAUCUCAAGGUUUUCCAGACAGCUAUAAAUUUGCUGGCAACAUCCAACAUAGGCACCGGCAAAUCGGUAAUGCAGUUCCACCACCCUUGGCCUUUGCAUUGGGUAGGAAACUCAAAGAAGCUGUGGAGAAGAAAUGCUGAGUCUGACAAUAUAAUGUCAAACCCAGUACUGGAUCUGGCUGCAUAAAUAUCUAAUCUACACCAUUGAUAGAGUCCCUAAAAACUGUAAUUAGUGUGGGUAACCCGUAUAGGUAGAAGCAAUUUAAGAACUUUGUGAUGAAUUGAUGAGAUGGAUUGUCUUCAGCUUGUCAUUGUCUAGGAUAUAAUGAACUGCACAGUAUUGAGCAGUGAAAAAAUGAACCUCAGGUCCUCAGCAUUAUUUUAAGUUGGCGAUUUUCGCAAUCCUUAAACAUGACGUACUCAACCUUGAGUGAUUAUA